UCAGCCCGCUCCAUCCGUGAGUCACUGCUCUCGGAUGGCUCAGAAGCUUCUGAUUUCUCUCCGAGAGCAUUAACCAUCGCCAAAACAAUCAUCCCGGGUUAUAUUUCCUCCCGUGCUCCGCCCGGAUGUCGGACUCCCGGGGACGCGCACCGGGACGCGGCGGGCUUUUUACGCGCAGCGCCCCGGAGCGCGUUUCGGCCGUGAGGACGAUGCUGUGAAGACACUGGUCCCGUGUUCAUCAUCCCCUCAUCCCGCUAUCAUCCCCCAGCCACCGACGUCAGUGGAACCUUUCAAUCUGCUGCGACAUUCAGGUUAAUCUGAUUAUGUAGAUUUCCCUCUGAGGCACCUCUUUGUCAAUGACGGCCAAGAUGGAGACUCCCUUCUACCACGAUGACUCCCAUGCUGUCCCUGGUUUCAGCCAGGUCUCAGAAUAUGAGCGUUACCAGGGGAACAAGAUGCUGAUGACUAAGAAGGCCAUGUCGGGGGCAGGUGGCCACCACUUCCUGGGCGGUGGCCCAACAGGGGGACGGGCGGGGAACCUGAAUCUCCUGGGGCUUGCCGGAACCAACGGCAUGAUGACGUCAUCGGCAUCCUCGGCGGCAUCCUCCGCGGACAUGAACUUGUUGAAGCUGUCAUCCCCCGACCUGGAACAUCUUAUAAUCCAAUCCAAUCAAGGACUGGUCACCACAAGUCCGGCGUCAAACUCCACCAACCCCUUCAUGUACCGCAACCAGGCCACCAAUGAGCAGGAGGGUUUCGCGGACGGCUUCGUUAAGGCCCUGGCGGACCUUCACAAGCAGAAUCAGCUGGUGGGAGGUGGGCCCAUGUCCCCGUCCUCUUCCUCCAGCGUCUCCCUGCAGGCGUCGUACCAAAGGAACCUGAUGUCCGGCGGAGACAUGCCUGUCUACACUAACCUCAGCAGCUACAACCCAGGCCAGAUCCCCUACUCUGCGGGGCAAAUGGCUUUUGGGGGAUCAGGCCACGGUGGAGGUAGCGGCCCCCAGCCUCACCCUCGAGGCCUGGAUGCCCCGCAGACCGUCCCAGAGGUACCUCACCCACCGGGCGACCCCACCUCCCCGCCCUCCCUCUCCCCGAUUGACUUGGAAACACAGGAGCGGAUCAAAGCGGAACGCAAGAAACUGCGCAAUCGCAUCGCCGCGUCCAAGUGCCGCAAGAGGAAGUUGGAGAGGAUUUCCCGGUUAGAGGAGAAGGUCAAGGUCCUAAAGAACCAGAACUCCGAUCUGGCGUCCACCGCCUCCAUGUUGCGGGAACAGGUCGCUCAGCUCAAACAGAAGGUCAUGAGUCACGUGACGAACGGGUGCCAAAUCGCCGUCGGAUCGGCGGCAGCCUCCAAGUCCGGAGGAGGAGGCCCCGGGAGCGAGGAAUCCAGCUGCUAAGGAGGUGGUACAGUAGGAGAUCCAGGGUGAGAUUACGAGCUAUAAGGUGGAUGGUCGCCAUUCGCGCUUUUAGCAUUUCGCUCAAGCUCUUAGUCAAAAAGGAGCAGAGAAGGAGCAUCUCGGUGUUGCUGAUGCCUGAUCAGGACGUUUAUCGGGACAGUACCAACACGGCGCCGUCAAUGAUCCAAUCGCAAGGAGAUGGAGCUUACAAGAUAGAAGAAACAGGAACGGUCCCUCCGAUAGUUUAGACAUUCUUGGAAUUUCAUCUGAGAAUUUUUCAUGAACAAAUGAGACUUACAUGGUUAUAUGUCUAAUGCAUCUGAGAAGGCAGAGUCACUCUACUGCCACGCUUGCAUAUUUUCAGAAUAAACUGUUUUAAUUGCCGACUACUUCCAUCGUUACAUUCUUUUUCUUCAACAUUUUCAGAUAUCAUUGCAUUUCAGCAAAUAAACAUUACUAGAAACAUUUUUUCAACCACAAUGAAAACACACUGAAAACUUUACUGUCAGGAAUUAACAUUUUGGUUGUUCUAAACUUUUGAAAAUAUGAAAAAGAAGAUUUUUACUGUCUGACAAGAGAAGCUUUUUUAUACAAAAAAACAAAGCACUACAUAACAUUAUAGCAAAAUCAGUGAUUUAUUUCUGUGUAAAAAAGUACUCUGAUUACUUUCAGUUCUUGUCAGAACUGUA